UUUUUGAGGCUUUCAAAUCCAACUCCAGUGAAGCUUCCUCUCGGCCGCCAAAUUGAUCCUUCGACUUCGAGCCGCCACCAUUCGCGAUGCGCAAAUCCCUCCCCAACCCUUUCGUCUCACCAGCUCUCAUCCCCUUCUCCGCUCCCAAAUCUCAGCGCCCAUUUUCUCUUCUUUUCCAAAAAUUCCAUUCUAGCGGCGAGCUCUGGGCCCACCCGGCCGAAGAAGAAGAAGGCCACCGAGAAGGGCGAGGGGGAGCCGGAGGCAGAGGCGGAGGCGCUCGUCCGGAUGAUGCUGAGAAGGCGGGAGAUGGGAGGGAGACGCUGGUGAUGACGCUCAGUAAUUACUGAGGGUGGUCAGGAUGGAGCACUGCUUCAUGCUGUUCGAUACUUCGAUGAGCUCAGAAGAAGGGAUUGCGGGCUUCAGUGUUUGGAGAUCACAUGCAUUAUAUCAGCUCCAAUCAGGAAGCUUCAGUCAAUGGGAAGGCAAACUAAUCAAAUAUGAGCCUAGAUGCAAGUCAACAAAUCGUCUUUGCUGUUUUUCUACAUUGUUAGCAGCUUUCAGCCUCAUUGGAUGUACAGGCAGGAUUUUUUAGCAAGGAUAAUGGAUUCAAGAAAUGGACCAGAAGCACCCCAAGAAUCCAAUGUGAAAUCCUUCUUCAACUCAGCCCCACCUCUGAGAGAUGGCGAUCUAAUCUGCAAUAAGUUGAAAGAGUUUAUGGAUCGGAUCUCUCUGUCCUCAGAAAAUGGGAGCCCUGUUAGGGUUGUUUGCGUAACUUCGGGUGGCACUACUGUUCCUCUGGAGCAGAGAUGUGUGCGCUACAUCGAUAAUUUCAGCUCAGGUCACAGAGGAGCAGCAUCUACAGAGUAUUUUGUGAAGGCUGGAUAUGCUGUUAUCUUUGUUUAUCGACGGGGAAGCUGUCAGCCUUAUUGUAGAUAUCUUCCGCAAGAUUCAUUUCUUGAAUUCUUUGAUCUCACAGAGGACUCAACAAUUCAAGUUUAUUGUAUAUUGCAAGUGUGCCAAUCACAUGCUACAAUGGUCAAGAAGGCAAUCAGAGAUUACCGUAAGGCGGUGGAAGAAGGCCUAUUGCUGAAAAUUCCAUUCACCACUAUUUUUGAAUAUCUCCAGAUAUUGCAAAUGGUGGCUAAAUCGAUGAGUUGGACUGCCACACGUGGGAUGUUUUACCUUGCUGCUGCAGUGUCAGACUUUUAUGUCCCAUGGGAGAGCAUGGCAGAACAUAAGAUACAGUCAGCAGCUGGUCCUUUGGACAUGCGACUCACCCAAGUGCCAAAAAUGCUCUCAGUGCUGAGAAAAGAAUGGGCACCCUCAGCAUUUUGCAUAUCAUUCAAGCUGGAAACCGAUCCAGGUAUCUUACUUCAAAAGGCUGACAUGGCUAUGAGAAAGUACGGGAUGCAUGUUGUUGUAGCUAAUGAGUUGGCAACAUACAAGGAGGAAGUUAUCAUUGUCACAAAAGGUAGGAGGACUGCUGUGCGCAGGCAUAAUAAGGAGACUGACUUGGAGGAACAACUUGUUUACCUCCUUGAUGAGAUGCACUAUGAGUACAUCAAGCAGGGUGGAGCAUAAUAAACGAGCUCCGUUGGGACAUGGUCUGCUUGGCAUUAGGGAAUAAUUUUGAGUGGGGCAAAUAUUUAGAAUUUGGUAAAGAAAAUGCAGAGAACUCCAAAAGUUUGAAUGGAGUUUGGAUCAUUAAAAAACAGGCAAAUUUUAAGAAAUAUAAAUAGCUCAGAGCUAUUGAUAUGCGUGUACAUGUAUUUGUGUCAGAACAAGCGUAACAGGGAACACAAGUGAAGCGCAGUAUACCUUCUCGAAAAGUGAACACAUAUUUUUUGAAUAAAUCAUACAAUUCUUAAA